GCGCAUGAACUCAUUAUCGUUUCAGCCACGAGGACGGACUGAAGGUUACCUGCUUCAACAGUGCUUGAACGGCAACCGACUUCUGUCUUUUCGCUUUUCCAUCAACCAUCUUCUUUGAUUCCAAUCAUUUUGUUUUCGAUUAAAAUCGAAAAAUUGGUUUUAAGACGCUUGCUUUUUAAAAAAAAUCUACUCGAACCAGCGUCGCUGACCAUCUUUGCGAAUAACCCCAAUUAAAACCAAAAGAAACAUGAGCUCUCAGGUGAGACAGAACUUCGAGGAGGCCUGCGAAGCCGCCAUCAACCGUCAGAUCAACAUGGAGCUGUAUGCGUCCUACGUCUACCUUUCUAUGUCGUACUACUUCGACCGAGAUGAUCAGGCUCUGCACAAUUUUGCGAAGUUUUUCCACCAUCAGUCCCACGAAGAGCGCGAACAUGCCGAGAAACUGAUGAAGUUUCAGAACCAGAGGGGAGGGAGGAUCUUUCUGCAGGACGUGAAGAAACCAGAAAAGGACGAGUGGGGAAGUGGCGUGGAAGCGCUGGAAUGUGCCCUGCAGCUGGAGAAGAGCGUCAAUCACUCCCUCCUGGAGCUGCAUAAGCUGGCCUCUCAGCACAACGACCCUCACAUGUGCGAUUUCAUUGAGACACACUACUUGGACGAGCAGGUGAAGUCCAUCAAAGAACUGGGCGACUGGGUGACCAACCUGCGCCGCAUGGGCGCCCCCCAGAACGGCAUGGCCGAGUACAUGUUCGACAAGCUCACGCUUGGCAAGGAGAGCAGCUAAAGGCUCCGUCCAUUUGCUAUAUGAGUGUUUAAUGUCCUACAUGCCAUCAAACUUUAUAUUUUUGUUGUUUAACUGACUGACUGGUCAACCUGUGUAUGUCCAGUUAUUUAAGCAGAAAAACCUCUUAGCUUGUUUUGCUCUAUAAUGCUUUGCUGUUGCACUUCUCAUAAGCCAUCGCAGUUCAAAAUUUGACCUUUCUGCAUGUGUUGUGUGAUUCAUCAAUGAAAUUAUGCUCCAAACCAAUAAAACAGAAACCUCUGGGAUCUGAA